GCCGCAAUGCGCGCCUCCGCCGAAGCCCAAGUGCCCAGAUGGAGAGAGGGGGCGCCGUGCGCGAGCGGGCUGUGCUUGCGCGCCCCCGCCUGGGGCUAUAAAAGCCUCGCCACCUGCUGCCACUAGUGCGUCCAGUUGCCCGGAGAAGCCAGUUCACCUCCUCCAGCGGCAGCUCCUCUGGACAUGGACCCUGAGACCUGCCCUUGCCCUACUGGUGGUUCCUGCACCUGCGACGGCUCCUGCAAGUGCGAGGGGUGCACAUGCACCUCCUGCAAGAAGAGCUGCUGCUCAUGCUGCCCCGCAGAGUGUGAGAAAUGUGCCAAGGAUUGUGUGUGCAAAGGUGGAGAGGGAGCAGAGGCCGAGGCUGACAAGUGUAGCUGCCGCCAGUGAGGAUGCGCCCCUCUGUGUGAACCGCGUGUGAAGAGAGCUGGGUGGCCCAGUGCCACCUCUCCUGUGGUGGCUGUGUCCCCUUCCUCUGCCAGCCCCUGGCAAGUGACAAUAAAUCCCAUGAAUGGUCUAA